AUGGCGGCGAUACCCCGCAUGCACUCGUCCACCAACGGUGAUCAACCGCUCGGUGCCGACGACAUGCCGUCCGACAUGCUGGCCGACGACGAGGACGAGGACGUUGCCGAAGAACUGCUCGACGAGGAGAUCGGAGACGAGGAAGACGAUGCCAUCAUCGACCCUAAUGCACAAGAAGGUCGACCAACGGCGCCACCUCCUGCUCCACCAGGGCUAAAGGAGAUUUCUUCGCUGGCAUCAUGGACCGUAUCGUCAUCCAAACCGGGCUGCGGUGUUGCAGCCUUACGUGCUCCGUCCACGAAUUUAUUUUGGCAAUCAGAUGGACCGCAGCCUCAUCAUCUAAACAUUCAUUUCUUCAAACUCGUUGAAAUUGUGGGCAUUCGUAUUUAUCUAGACUUCGACCUGGACGAGAGUUACACCCCUACUCUGAUCAAGUUUCUCGCCGGAACAGGGUACAACGACCUUCAAGAAUUCAGUGUAAUGCGUUUUGAAACGCCUAGAGGAUGGGUCGAUGUGGAUUUUGAAGAUGUCGGUGAUCCGAAUGAAAUUUCGGAUAGCGAGGACGGUAACAACAGCACGGGCGACGGCGAUGAGGAGAAGGAGAAUCUCGACAGAAGAAGGCUUCCGGUGCUGCGCGCCAUGUUGGUCCAAAUCAAAAUUUGCGAAAAUCAUCAAAAUGGCAAGGACACGCAUUUGAGGGGGCUUCAGAUCUUUGCAAAGGAUAAGGCCAGAAAAGUUAAUGAACGGAAAGCAGCCAACGUGAAUCGUAUCACCACGCUGGCAACGAAGGAACAGGGCAGACGGAGACAAGAGGAGAAGAUGUGGGAAAUUCCAGAAUUUGCCCAAGUUGGUGAGUUGAGAUGA